AUGGAUCAGAACGCUGAGAUACCCGCGCCCGUGUACUCUACGCUGGAUGAGCCCAUCAUGAAUACCAUCAUCCGUGACACGGUCGCGAUUGGGCGGAAGCUGCUCAUUGUUGUUGCGCCACCGCUGGCGGAGGAAAGAGAGCUGCGCGACUGGGACCUCUGGGGCCCGCUGCUGCUCUGCCUGUUGCUCGCCAUCAUCCUCGCCGGUUCGGCGUCGACGAGCCAAGGUGGCCUCAUCUUCUCAGCGGUGUUCGUGCUGGUGUGGGUUGGCGCCGCCGUUGUGACGCUCAACGCGAAGUUCCUUGGCAGCAAAGUCUCCUUCUUCCAGACUGUGUGCGUGAUGGGCUACUGCCUCGCGCCGCUGUGCGUCGGCGCCCUGGUCGCGCUCGUCAUAAGCACCUUCUGGGUGGUGCUGGGCGUCUCCGCUGCGGUGUGGUUGUGGUCCUGCUGGGCUGCGCUGCGCUUCUUCCGCGGCUCCGUCGUGCCUGAGCGCGAGAUGCUCGUCGUGUACCCCGUUGGCCUCUUUUACUUCUUCAUGACGNGCUGCGCUUCUUCCGCGGCUCCGUCGUGCCUGAGCGCGAGAUGCUCGUCGUGUACCCCGUUGGCCUCUUUUACUUCUUCAUGA